CGGAUCCCAUAGCUCUCAUAGCCUUCUCUCUUCCUUCGAAGCCAGAAAAAUCUUAGCCAUCCAAACUCCAAAUUAAUCAUGCCGGGCCUCACGAUUGGUGACACCAUUCCUGACCUUCUGGUGGACUCCACCCACGGACCAAUCCAAAUCCACGACUUCAUUGGUGAUGGAUGGGCUGUGAUCUUCUCCCACCCAGCGGAUUUUACUCCGGUGUGCACCACGGAGCUCGGGAAGAUCGCAUUGUAUGCUGAGGAGUUCGGCGAGCGAGGGGUGAAGCUGCUGGGAGUGUCAUGUGAUGACGUAGUAUCGCAUGUGGAAUGGAUCAAAGACAUCGAGGCCUACACGCCCGGAUGCAACGUGAGAUAUCCCAUAGUGGCAGACCCAGACAGAGAGGUGAUCAGGCAACUCAACAUGGUAGACCCAGAUCAAAAGGACUCCUCUGGACUUGAGCUCCCAUCAAGAGCCCUCCAUGUGAUAGGCCCGGACAAGAGGAUUAAGUUGAGCAUCCUCUACCCUGCAACAACCGGGAGAAACAUGGAUGAGGUUGUGAGAGUUGUGGAAUCUCUUCAAAAGACAUCAAAGCUCAAGAUCGCAACUCCAGUGAACUGGAAGCCUGGGGAGAAGGUGGUCAUCUCACCAAGUGUAUCCAACGAAGAGGCGAAGGGAAUGUUCCCACAAGGAUACGACACCGUGGAUCUCCCCUCAAAGAAGGAGUACCUCCGCUUCACCAACAUUUGAUGUGGAAUCAGCCAUGAAGUACUUCUAUAUAUGCAUCUGCUCGUGUCUCUGGGAUUUCGUUUCAUGCAGACUUUGCUUAAUUUUAUGUGUUUGAAGGCUACUAUAUUGUUUGUUGUACUGGAGGUUUUUGUUUGUCUCUCUGCUUUUGGUGUGCUACUUAUGAUGUACAUUGUGGAAGUUAUUAGUUUAGCUUCCUCGUGGUUGUUUGUGUAUGGGUUUUAUCAAUGAAAUAAUCUCCUUUCUAUGCUAAGAAAUGAAA